AUGCUGAUGAAUUUCCUCUGCACCCUCUCUAAUCCAGGCAGCAUCCUGGUAAAUCUCCUCUGCACCCUCUCUAAUCCAUGCAGCAUUCUGGUAAAUCUCCUCUGUGCGCUCUCUAAUCCAGGCAGUAUUCUGGUGAAUCUCCACUGCACCCUCUCAGAUCCAGGCAGUCUCCUGGUGAGUCUCCUCUGCACCCUCUCUAAUCCAGCCAGAAUCCUGGUGAAUCUCCUCUGCACCCUCUCUAAUCCAGGCAGCAUCCUGGUGAAUCUCCUCUGCACCCUCUCUAAUUCAGGCAGCAUCCUGUUGAAUCUCCUCUGCGCCCUCUCUAAUUCAGGCAGCAUCCUGUUGAAUCUCCUCUGCACCCUCUCUAAUCCAGGCAGCUUCCUGGUGAAUCUCCUCUGCACCCUCUCUAAUCCAGGCAGCAUCCUGGUGAAUCUCCUCUCCACCCUCUCUAAUGCAGGCAGCAUGGUUGUGAAUCUCCACUGCAUCCUCUCUAAUCCAGGCAGCAUCAUGGGGAAUCUCCUCUGCACCCUCUCUAAUCCCGGUCGCAUCCUGGUGAAUCUCUUCUGUACCCUGUCUAAUCCAGGCAGCAUCCUGGUGAAUCUCCUCUGCGCCCUCUCUAAUCCAGGCAGCAUCCUGGUUAAUAUCCUCUGCACCUUCUCUAAUCCAGGCAGCAUACUGCUGAAUCUCCUCUGCACCCUCUCUUAUCCAGGUAGCAUCCUGGUAAAUCUCCUCAGCACCUUCUCUGUUCUAGCCACCAUCCUGGUGAAUCUCCUCAGCACCCUCUCUAAUCCAGGCAGCAUUCUGGUGAAUCUCCUCUGCACGCUCUCUGAUCCAGGCAGCAUCCUGGUGAAUCUCCUCUGCACCCUCUCUAAUCCAGGUAGCAUCCUGCUGAAUCUCCGCUGCACCCUCUAAUCCAAGCAACAUCUUGGUAAAGCUCCUCUGCACCCUCACAAAUCCAGGCAGUAUCCUGGUAAAUCUCCUCUGCACCCUCUCUAAUCCAGGCAGCAUCCUGGUAAAUCUCCUCUGCACCCUCUCUAAUCCAGCCAGCAUGCUGUUGAAUCUCCUCUGCACCCUCUCUAAUCCAGGCAGCAUCCUGGUGAAUCUCCUCUGCACCCUCUCUAAUCCAGGCAGCAUUCUGGUGAAUCUCCUCUGCGCGCUCUCUGAUCCAGGCAGCAUCCUGGAGAAUCUCCUCUGCACCCACUUUAUUCCAGCCAGCAUGCUGGUGAAUCUCCUCUACACCAUCUCUAAUCCAGCCAGCAUGCUGGUGAAUCUCCUCUGCACCCUCUCUAAUCCAGUCAGCAUCCUGGUGAAUCUCCUCUGCGCCCUCUCUAAUCCAGGCAGCAUCCUGGUGAAUCUCCUCUGCACCCUCUCCAAUCCAGUCAGCAUCCUGGAGAAUCUCCUCUGCACCCUCUCAAAUCCCGGCAACAUCCUGGUGAAUCUCCUCUGCACCCUCUCUAAUCCAGGCAGCAUUCUGGUCAAUCUCCUCUGCAUCCUCUCUGUUCUAGCCACCAUUCUGGUGAAUCUCCUCUGCACCCUCUCUAAUCCAGGCUGCAUCCUGGUGAAUCUCUUCUGCACCCUCUCUAAUCCAGGCAGCAUCCUGGGGAAUCUCCUCUGCACCCUCUCUAAUCCAGUCAGCAUUCUAGUAAAUCUCUUCUGUACCCUCUCUAGUCCAGCCAGCAUCCUGAUGAAUCUCCUCUUCUCCCUUUCUAAUCCAGGUAGCAUCCUGCUGAAUCUCCUCUGCACCGUCUCUAAUCCAGAUAGCAUCCUGGUGUAUCUCCUCUUCACCCUCUCUAAUUCAGAUAUCAUCCUGGUGAAUCUCCUCUGCACUCUCUCUAAUCCAGGCAGCAUUCUAGUAAAUCUCCUCUGCACCCUCUCUAAUCCAGGCAGCAUCCUGGUGAAUCUCCUCUGCACCCUCUCUAAUCCAGGCAGCAUCCUGCUGAAUCUCUUCUGCACCCUCUCUAAUCCAGUCAGCAUCCUGGAGAAUCUCCUCUGCACCCUCUCUAAUGCAGGCAGCAUGGUUGUGAAUCUCCACUGCAUCCUGUCUAAUCCAGGCAGCAUCCUUGUGAAUCUCCUCUGCACCCUAUCUAAUCCAGGCACCAUCCUUGUGAAUCUGCUCUGCACCCUCUCUAAUCCAGGCAGCAUCCUGGUGAAUCUCCUCUGCACCCUCUCUAAACCAGGCAGCAUCCUGGUGAAUCUCCUCUGCAGCCUCUCUAAUCCAUGCAGAAUCCUGGUGAAUCUCCUCUGCACCCUCUCUAAUCCGGAUAGCAUCCUAGUGAAUCUCCUCUGCGCCCUCUCUAAUCCAGCCAGCAUGCAGGUGAAACUCCUCGGCCCCCUCUCUAAUCCAGACAGCAUCCUAGUGAAUCUCCUCUACACCAUCUCUAAUCCAGCCAGCAUGCUGGUGAAUCUCCUCUUCACCCUCUCUAAUCCAGCCAGCAUCCUGGUGAAUCUCCUCUGCACCCUCUCAAAUCCCGGCAGCAUCCUGCUGAAUCACUUCUGUGUCCUCUCUUAUCCAGGCAGCAUCCUGGUGAAUCUCCUCUGCGCCCUGUCUAAUCCAGGCAGCCUCCUGGUGAUUCUCCUCUGCAUCCUCUCUAAACUAGACAGCAUUCUGGUGAGUCUCCUCUGCACCCUUUCUAAUAGAUGCAGCAUCCUUGUGAAACUUUUCUGCACCCUCUCUAAUCCAGGCAGCAUCCUGGUAAAUCUCCACUGUGCGCUCUCUAAUUCAGGCAGCAUUCUGGUGAAUCACCUCUGCACCCUCUCUAAUCUAGGCAGCAUUCUGGUGAAUCUCCUCUGCACCCUCUCUAAUCCAGAAGCAUCCUGCUGAAUCUCUUCUGCACCCUCUCUAAUCCAGUCAGCAUCCUGGAGAAUCUCCUCUGCACCCUCUCUAAUGCAGGCAGCAUGGUUGUGAAUCUCCACUGCACCCUGUCUAAUCCAGGCACCAUCCUUGUGAAUCUGCUCUGCACCCUAUCUAAUCCAGGUAGCAUCCUAGUAAACCUCCUCUGCCCCCUCUCUAAUCCAGGCAGCAUCCUGGUGAAUCUCCUCUGCAGCCUCUCUAAUCCAUGCAGAAUCCUGGUGAAUCUCCUCUGCACCCUCUCUAAUCCGGAUAGCAUCCUAGUGAAUCUCCUCUGCGCCCUCUCUAAUCCAGCCAGCAUGCAGGUGAAACUCCUCGGCCCCCUCUCUAAUCCAGGCAGCAUCCUAGUGAAUCUCCUCUACACCAUCUCUAAUCCAGCCAGCAUGCUGGUGAAUCUCCCCUGCGCCCUCUCUAAUCCAUUCAGCAUCCUGGUAAAUCUUCUCUGCUCCCUCUCUAAUCCAGUCAGCAUCCUGGAGAAUCUCCUCUGCACCCUCUCUAAUCCAGCCAGCAUCCUGGUGAAUCUCCUCUGCGCCAUAUUUAAUCUAUCCAGCAUCCUGUUGAACCGCAUCUGCUCCCUCUCUAAUCCAGCCAGCAUGCUGGUAAAUCUCCUCUGUGCGCUCUCUAAUCCAGGCAGUAUUCUGGUGAAUCUCCACUGCACCCUCUCUAAUCCAGACAGCAUCCUGGUCAAUCUCCUCUGCACCCUCUCUAAUGCAGGCAGUCUCCUGGUGAAUCUCCUCUGCGCCCUCUCUAUUACAGCCAGAAUCCUGGUGAAUCUCCUCUGCACCCUCUCUAAUCCAGCCAGCAUGCCGGUGAAUCUCCUCUGCACCCUUUCUAAUCCAGGCAGCAUCCUGGUGAUUCUCCUCUGCGCCCUCUCUAAUCCAGGCAGCAACCUGGUGAAUCUCCUCUGCACCCUCUCUAAUCCAGGCAGCAACCUGGUGAAUCUCCUCUGCACCCUCUCUAAUCCAGGCAGCAUCCUGGUGAAUCUCCUCUGCACCCUCUCUAAUCCAGGCAGCAACCUGGUGAAUCUCCUUUGCACCCUCUCUAAUCCAGGCAGCAUCCUGGUGAAUCUCCUCAGCACCCUCUCUAAUUCAGGCAGCAUCCUUGUAAAUCUCCUCUGCACCCUCUCUAAUCCAGGCGGCAUUCGGGUGAAUCUCCUCUGCGCGCUCUCUAAUCCAGGCAGCAUUUGGGUGAAUCUCCUCUGCACCCUCUCUAAUCCAGGCAGCAUCCUGGUGAAUCUCCUCAGCACCCUCUCUAAUUCAGGCAGCAUCCUUGUAAAUCUCCUCUGCACCCUCUCUAAUCCAGGCGGCAUUUGGGUGAAUCUCCUCUGCGCGCUCUCUAAUCCAGGCAGCAUUUGGGUGAAUCUCCUCUGCACCCUCUGUAAUCCAGGCAGCAUCCUGGAGGUUCUCCUCUGCAUCCUCUCUAAUCCAGACAGCAUCCCGGUGAAUCUCCUCUGCACCCUCUCUAAUCCAGGCAGCAUCCUGGUAAAUUUCCUCUGCACCCUCUCUAAUCCAGCCAGCAUGCUGGUGAAUCUCCUCUGCACCCUCUCUAAUGCAGGCAGCAUGGUUGUGAAUCUCCUCUACACCCUAUCUAAUCCAGGCACCAUCCUUGUGAAUCUGCUCUGCACCCUCUCUAAACCAGGUAGCAUCCUAGUAAACCUCCUCUGCCCCCUCUCUAAUCCAGGCAGCAUCCUGGUAAAUCUCCUCUGCAGCCUCUCUAAUCCAGGCAGCAUCCUGGUGAAUCUCCUCUGCAGCCUCUCUAAUCCAUGCAGAAUCCUGGUGAGUCUCCUCUGCACCCUCUCUAAUCCAGGCAGAAUCCUGCUAAAUCUCCUCUGCGCCCUCUCUAAUCCAGCAAGCAUGCCGGUGAAUCUCCUCUGCACCCUUUCUAAUCCAGGCAGCAUCCUGGUGAAUCUCCUCAGCACCCUCUCUAAUCCAGGCAGCAUCCUGGUGAAUCUCCUCUGCGCCCUCUCUAAUCCAGCAAGCAUGCCGGUGAAUCUCCUCUGCACCCUUUCUAAUCCAGGCAGCAUCCUGGUGAAUCUCCUCUGCAGCCUCUCUAAUCCAGGCAGCAUCCUGGUAAAUCUCCUCUGCAGCCUCUCUAAUCCAGGCAGCAUCCUGGUGAAUCUCCUCUGCAGCCUCUCUAAUCCAUGCAGAAUCCUGGUGAGUCUCCUCUGCACCCUCUCUAAUCCAGGCAGAAUCCUGCUAAAUCUCCUCUGCGCCCUCUCUAAUCCAGCAAGCAUGCCGGUGAAUCUCCUCUGCACCCUUUCUAAUCCAGGCAGCAUCCUGGUGAAUCUCCUCAGCACCCUCUCUAAUCCAGGCAGCAUCCUGGUGAAUCUCCUCUGCGCCCUCUCUAAUCCAGCAAGCAUGCCGGUGAAUCUCCUCUGCACCCUUUCUAAUCCAGGCAGCAUCCUGGUGAAUCUCCUCUGCACCCUCUCUAAUCCAGGCAGCAUCCUGGUGAAUCUCCUCUGCACCCUCUCUAAUUCAGGCAGCAUUCUGGUGAAUCUCCUCUGCGCGCUCUCUGAUCCAGGCAGCAUCCUGGUGAAUCUCCUCUUCACCCUCUCUAAUCCAGGCAGCAUCCUGGUGAAUCUCCUCUGCACCCUCUCUAAUUCAGGCAGCAUUCUGGUAAAUCUCCUCUGCACCCUCUCUAUUCCAGCCAGCAUGCUGGUGAAUCUCCUCUGCACCCUCUCUAAUCCAGGCAGCAUCCUGCUGAAUCUCCUCUGCACCCUCUGUAAUCGAAGCAACAUCCUGGUAAAGCUCCUCUGCACCCUCUCUAAUCCAGGCAGCAUCCUGGUAAAUCUCCUCUGCACACUGUCUAUUCCACCCAGCAUCCUGGAGAAUAUCCUCUUCACCUUCUCUAGUCCAGCCAGCAUCCUGAUGAAUCUCCUCUUCUCCCUUUCUAAUCCAGGUAGCAUCCUGCUGAAUCUCCUCUGCACCGUCUCUAAUCCAGAUAGCAUCCGGGUGUAUCUCCUCUUCACCCUCUCUAAUUCAGAUAUCAUCCUGGUGAAUCUCCUCUGGACCCUCUCUAAUCCAGGCAGCAUUCUAGUAAAUCUCCUCUGCACCCUCUCUAAUCCAGGCAGCAUCCUGGUGAAUCUCCUCUGCACCCUCUCUAAUCUAGGCAGCAUCCUGGUGAAUCUCCUCUGCACCCUCUCUAAUCCAGGCAGCAUCCUGGUGAAUCUCCUCUGCGCCCUCUCUAAUCCAGGCAGCAUCCCGGUGAAUCUCCUCUGCACCCUCUCUCAUCCAGACAGCGUCCUUGUGAAUCUCCUCUGCACCCUCUCUAAUCCAGACAGCAUCCCGGUGAAUCUCCUCUGCACCCUCUCUAAUCCAGGCAGCAUCCUGGUGAAUCUCCUCUGCACCCUCUCCAAUCCUGUCAACAUUCUGGUGAAUCUCCUCUGCACCCUUUCUAAUAGAUGCAGCAUCCUUGUGAAACUUUUCUGCACCCUCUCUAAUCCAAUCAGCAUCCUGGUAAAUCUCCUCUGCACCCUCUCUAAUCCAGGCAGCAUCCUUGUGAGUCUCCUCUGCGCCCUCUCUGAUCCAGGUAGCAUCCUGGUGAAUCUCCUCUGCGCCCUCUCUAAUCCAGGCAACAUCCUGGUGAAUCUCCUCUGCACCCUCUCUAAUCCAGAUAGCAUCCUAGUGUAUCUCCUCUGCACCCUCUCCAAUCCAGUCAACAUUCUGGUGAAUCUCCUCUGCACCCUUUCUAAUAGAUGCAGCAUCCUUGUGAAACUUUUCUGCACCCUCUCUAAUCCAAUCAGCAUCCUGGUAAAUCUCCUCUGCACCCUGUCUUAUCCAGGCAGCAUCCUGGUGAAUCCUGUUUGUAGCCAUGGUGAAGCCAGCUGAGUCUACAAUCUUCUGCAGCCUCGUGUCAUCCUGUGCAUUGGAGGCUCCAGUUCAGGCUAUGAUGCAGCUCUUCAGAAUGCCCUCCAUAAAUACCAGAACCUCUGCAGUUGCUGGAAAUCCAAAGCAAUACACACAAAAUGCUGUAGGAAUUUAGCAGGUCAGUCAGCUUGAAUAGAAAUGAACAGUCGACGUUUCGGCCGAGACUCUUCUUCAGGAGUGAAAAGGAAGAUAUCAGAAUAAGAAGCUUGGGAGAAGAGAAGAAGGAUAGCUGGAAAGUGAUGGGUGAAGCCAGGAGGAUUGGAAAGACAAAGGGCUGGAGAGGAAGGAAUCUGAUAGGAGAGGAGAGUGAACCAUAGGAGAAAGGGAAUGAUGUGCGGACCUAGGGAGAGGAGGUAGGCAGGUGAGAGGAGUUAAAAGGCCAGGGCGGGGAAUAGAUGAAGAGCGGUGGGGGUAGAAUCAAAGGUGUUGCUCUUCCACCCUGAGGAUGGCCUUAUCUUGAUAGUAGAGGAGGCCAUGGAGCAACAUGUCGGAAUGAGAAUGGGAAUUAAAAUGCCCUCCGGUCUUUUACGUUAUGUCAGAACUAUAUUUUUAUCAGCCUCCAUAAUUUCAAUUUUCCAAUCUUUGUGUGAAAGUCAAGUUAGUGAAUGGUGCAAAGAUGUUUACCUAUGCAGAAUAUUUUAUUAUCACACAUAUACUGAGAGUGCUUUCCCAUCAACUACUACCUUUGAACCAUGAUCAUAGGGGUUAAUGCUGAUGUAUGAAAGUUUUACAAGCAUAAUCCCCGACUGAGAGACGAUAUGUUGUGGUCAAGAUCAAUAGGCCUGUGAAAUCAGCACUGAAAGUUAAAACACUGCAGGGCAGAGGAUCCCAGAAGUGUUUAUGCCACGGACAAAUACCAACCAGCAAGAGGUUGAAGGACCCCAGGUUGGAAACUCCUGUGUAGGGAAACCUGGUGGAGGAACUUGCCAAUUUUAUGAUACACAAAUACCCAAAAAAGGGAAAGCAGCAGUACACCUUUAGCCAUGCAGAAGCACAGCUUGGAGCUCAUUACUACAAAUCUGGACGAGGUAAUUAAGUUAAUCACUUUAAGGGCACCACAGGAAGCUAGAAAGAAAAGUUUGUGUGAAGAGACUUGAAUUGAACAAAAGUAACAGCAAUGAGCAGAUGGGCUGAAUGCUGUGCAUUAUUUGUAUUCACGUCCUAAGCUUAACCGGCUGGCGGUGUAGUGACAUCCGCACCAGACUUCAUCCCAGGUUCGAAUCUGGCAGCUCCUUGUACGCUUUCCAUCCGUGCUGGUUGAUUGUCGAACUAGCAACUCGGCCUCGUUAAAAACAGAAACGCUAACGAAUUGGCAAGGGUGCUCCACACGAUGCGGAAAGGAACAACAACAUCCAAAGCAUGAAGACAUUUGCUGGGAUAUGGGGAAAGCUGAGGAGUAAGUGGACAGAUCAUUCAAAAGAAUUGACACAUUGUACAGUAGAUUCUUUCCUUUUUUGACUGUGUUAUUCAAGUAAGUUGCAUGCUGUUGGGGCCCUGAGGCAAAUUUAUGUCCACUGGUAAAUGAUAACAGAAUGAGUCAAGGGGGCACAUGAAUGAAGUGUUACUGGAUUUAUUCCCUUCAGUUGCCAAAAUGGUUUCCAAUUCACAGGAUUGAUUUGGGACUACUGUUUUCUAGAAGUCAUUGCAAUGUCUUCCUGCCAAAUUUUUUUCUAUGUUAAACCCAGAUAAAUGCUUGUGAAGUACCAUAAACUUGAAAGAGUAAAGUAUAAAAACGAGAGAUUCUGCAGAUGCUGGAAAUCCAGAGUAAUGCGUGCACAAAAUGCUGGAGGAACUCUGCAGGUCAGACAGCUACAAUGGGGAGGAAUAAACUGUUGGAGUUACGGGCAAUAAAUCUUCAUCAUGACUGGAAAAGAAGGGGAAAGAGGUGGGGUGGGGGAGGAACACAUGCUGCCAAGUGAUAGGUGAAACCAGACGAAGGGGGAGAUGGAUUGACUUUCCACUAUUCAGGACGUUUACAAAGACAGGUGUGUAAAAAGGGCCUGAGUCAUCCCAACCCCAACCGGCUGCUACCAUCCGGGAAACAGUACUGCAGCAUAAAAGCCAGGACCAACAGGCUCUGGGACAGCUUCCACCAGGCCAUCAGACUGCUUAACUCAUGCUGACACAACUGUGUUUUUAUGUUAUAUUGAAUGUCCUGUUGCACAUACUAUUUGUUAUAAAUUACUAUAAAUUGCACGUUGCACAUUUAGACAGAGAUGUAACAUAAAGAUUUUUACUCUUGUAUAUGAAGGAUGAAAAUGAUAAAGUCAGUUCAAUUAAAUUCAGAAGGGGCAUAAAAUAAGAAGCUGCGAGGUGAUAGGUGGAAGAUCUGAAGGGCUGAAAGGACAGGGGACCAUGACAAGUGGAAUGAGGAAGGACACCAGACAGAUGUGUUGGGGAGUUGGGAAGAAAAGGGGUAACAGAAUGGGGAAUAGGAAAAAACAGAAGAGGAAGAGGUGGGGGAGAAAUUACCGGAAGUUAGAGAAAUUGAUGCUCAUGCCAUCAGGUUGGAGGCUACCCAGAAGGAAUAUUAGGAAAGACGAAAGUUUUGUCUUACUCAGUGGCAUAAAAAAUGUUCUCUUGACUUCUCCCACUGGACCCAGGCUCCUUCUGAUCAACCAUUUCAACAAGAAGAAAUACUUGUUUUCAUUUUUAUUGCAGCGUAUCAUAAGAUGACCUGACAAAUGGAUAAAAUAGUCUAUAUUUACUGGUAUGAUGUAUGGAUAAGAAACUCAAGUUAUUUUCACUCCUGGUUUGUUUGUUUGUUUAUUUAUUGAUUGGUAGAUUAAUUAAUUGAGAUACAGCAUGGAAUAAGCCCUUCUGGCCUUUUUAUCUAAUAUGAGCCUAAUCACGGACAAUUUACAAUGACAAGUUAACCUGCAACCGGUCUGUCUUUGGACUGUGGGCAGAAACCGGAGCACCUAGUGGAAACUCACACAGUCACAGCGAGAACAAACUCCUUACAGGCAGAGGCAGGAAUUGAACCUGGAUCGCCUGUGCUAUAAAGUAUUGUGCUAACCACUACGCUGCCAUUAUGGCAAAUAUAUCAAAGUUGAAAGUUUAAAUUUAAAUUAAAUUUCAAUUAUUUUGAUAAAUUUAUUAUCGAAGUAUGUAUGUCACCAUAUACUACCUACCCUAAGAUUAAUUUUCUCACAGGCAUUCAUUGUAGAACAAAGUAAAAUACAAUAAAAUCAAUGAUAAACUACACACAAACACGGACAAACAAUAAACAGUGCAAAUAUACAAAAAGAACGAAUAAUUAUGUGCCAAUAAGUAAAUGCAUAAUACUGAGAGCAUGAAUUUUAGUAGUUAUAGCAGAGAGAAAUAUACCAGGAUACUUCACAGGAAGUCCUUUCAGAUAAAAUUUAACACCAAGCCACAUAGGCCAAGUGUCUAAAACCUUGGCUGUCAAGGUAGAUUUUAAGCAACAUUUUAAAGGAGAAAUACUGAGAGUUUUCGGGAGGAUUUUUGCAGGAGUUGAUGCCUGAAGCCAGAGCCAGCAGUGUUGGAGGGCAGGUCUCAGAGGAUCGCUGGACUUGUGUAAAUUGCCGUGGGGUUGACCCUGGUGAUCUCCGCCAAGACGGGCUGUGUUGACCAAGCUAGCGGGGGUGGGGUAGGUAAGGGCAGCGAGCUGGUGUUGGCUGAGGCUCUACCUGGAAAAAUGCAUCAAUACUUAACUUGUACCUACAGAUCAGUCUUAUCUAUAGAGUGUCUGUAUUACAUUCACUAAAUAUUUGGUCAACAAACAAAUCUCCUUGGCCCUCGCACUCUGCAAUAUAAUGCAAUUUAGGGCUAUUGCUGAUGUGAGAUGGGGCCAUGCAGUGAUUUUAUUUAUUAGUUGCCUGCUGAUCAUUUACCCUUCAGAGUAGGUUGGUAAGGAUAGCGGAUUUUGCCAUUUGCCACAUUUUGCAACCUGAAUCACUCUUCAGUGUUUGGAUAAAGCAAAAGUGCUAACGUUAUGACAUGCCAGGAAGAGAUCUCCUUUCUUAAAGUGCUUGCACAUGGCUGAAAUUUUGAAAACGUGCAGGUUGCCAGGCGAUGGUGAGGGGUGAGAGAUUAGCUGUGAGGGAUUUGGUUACUGCUUGAACAUGGGUCACAUUAUGGGCAAGGGGAGAGAAGGAAAGGAAUAUCGUUUCUGUAAAUAUAAUUAGUCAUAGAGUGGAAGAACAGCACAGCACAGAAGCAGGCCCUUUGGCCCAUCUAGUCCAUGCCAAACCAUCAAGCUGCCUAGUCCAUUGACCUGAACCCAGACUGUAGCCUUCCACACCACUCCCAUUCGUGUACCUAUCCAAACUUCUUAGAUGUUGAAAUCGAACCUGCAUGCACCACUUGCACUGGCAACUCAUUCCACACUCUCACCACCCUCUGAGUGAAGAAAUUCCCUCUCAUGUUCCCCUCAAACUUUUCACCUUUCACCCUUAACCCAUGACCUCUAAUUGUAGUCUCACUCAAACUCUGUAGAACAAGCCUGCUUGCAUUUACUGUAUCUAAUGUAUACCUUUAGCAAAUCUUCCCUCAGUCCUCCAUUCUAGGGAAGGAAGUCCUGAACUCAAUGAUUCAAUGGUUCAAUAUGAUAUCAGAGAACGUAUACAGUAUACAACCUGAAAUUCUUAUUCUUUGCAGACAUAGAACCGUAGAACAUUACAGCACAGAAACAGGCCUUUUGACCCUUCUUGGCUGUGCCAAACCAUUUUUCUGCCUAGUCCCACUGACCUGCACCUGGGCCAUAUCCCUCCAUACCCCUCUCAUCCAUAUACCUGUCCAAGAUUUUCUUAAAUGUUAAAAGUGAGCCCGCAUUCACCACUUCAUCUGGCAGCUCAUUCCACACUCCCACCACUCUCUGCGUGAAGAAGCCCCCCCCCCCCAACGUUCCCUUUAAACUUUUCCCCCUUCACCCUUAACGCAUGAUCUCUGGUUUUUUCCUCCCCUGGCCUUAGUGGGAAAAGCCUGCUUGCAUUCACUCUGUCUAUACCCAUCAUAAUUUUAUACACCUGUAUCAAAUCACCCUUCAUUCUCCUACACUCCAGGGAAUAAAGUCCUAACCUAUUCAACCUUUCUCUGUAACUCAGUUUCUCAAGUCCUGGCAACAUCCUUGUAAACCUUCUCUGCACUCUUUCGACCUUAUUAAUAUCCUUCCUGUAAUUCGGUGACCAAAACUGCACACAAUACUCCAAAUUCGGUCUCGCCAAUGUCUUAAACAACCGCACCAUUACAUUCCAACUCUAAUACUCAAUACUUUGAUUUAUAAAGGCCAAUGUACCAAAAUCGACAAAACAGAAAUCUGCAACUCUUUAGCUGAUGGUACACAUCAGCCUGCUGCUUGGGCAACAGUUUUUUCUCUAUAUCAUACUGCCCUGCCUUGCACAUAGGCAUCGACAGUUAGGAUGCAGCAUCCAUGACUGACCUGACCAAAGCAAGGCCACCACCAGUUUGGCUCUCCUAGUUCAUUUCCUGAAACACUGUAUUCUUUCUCUUUCAGAUAGCUGUCCCUUUGGUUUUGAAAGCUGCUGUCGAAUCUGUGCCUUCCACUCGGUGGAGGUUGUGCUGACUUCAUCCUAACCACAAAUAACACAGCAAAAGUUUCACCUGGAGUUACCGCUAAAUCUAUUCACUCCUUCGUACAUUCUACAGAACAAGGAAGUUCAAAACCACCCUUCUAAACCCUCCCUUGUUGGAUAAGUUCCUGGUGCCCUACAUCAGAACGCAGGCAGGGACGAUGCCAGACUGGCAAGGAUGACAUUAUGGUCGCUAGUACACAAAGGAGAGAUAGAGGUAGAAGCAGCACACACUAAAUGUUGGAGGAGUUCAGCAGGUCAGGCAGGAUCUAUGGAAAUGGAUAGACAGUCGACAUUUUGGGCCGAGGCGCUUCUUCAGGACUGCAAAGAAGGGGGAAGAUGCCAAAAUAAAAUAGCUGAGGGGGGUGGGGAAGAAGGACCAGCUAAAAGGUGAUAGUUGAAGUCAGGAGGGUGGAAAAGGUAAAGGGCUGGAGAGGAAGGAAUCCGAUAGAAGAGGAGUGGGGACCAUGGGAGAAAGGGAAGAAGGAUGGGCACCGGGGGAGGUGAAAGGCAGGUGAGGAGAUGAGGUAAGCAGCCAGAGUGGAAAAUAGAAGAAAAGGGAAGUGGGAGGGAAAAAAAUUACCAGAAGGUGAAAUUGACAUUCAUGGCAUCAGGCUGGAGGCUACCUUGACAGAAUAUGAGGUGGUUCUUCUCCACUCUGAAGGUGGCCUCAUCGUGACAAAAGAGGAGGCCAUGGACCGAGAUGUGAGAAUGGGAAUGGGGAUAGGAUUUAAGCUGGAGAUAGAAGAUUGUGUUGACCUCUUAUGUAUAAAACAAUGAGGCUGGAAGCUCAGUGAGAAUAUCAACACCAUCUCAAGGAUAUUGGUUUGAAUGUCCUGUUUCUGAGCUCUGAUCAAUAGUUACAGUGUGAUUAUGUGUGGUGGUGCCUGGAGAGGCUGUAUUAAUCACAUAUGUCAUCCCUUGCACAGACAACAAAUCCAUCUCAAAGGUGUAACGGUCCUCACCCCCCCCCCCAUUCUCUCCCCAGCACCAGGGUGUUUUCUAACCCAGUGACACAGCUAUUACAUUUACCUUCUUUGAGGAUCGUGGUGGAGAGUCUUGUGAGCUCCUGAGAUCCCCAGAGUGAUGCCAUCUGGCACGUAGCUCCUGGUAGGGUCACCCCUGGCAGUAAGGGCUAGGGGGAUGUUCCCAAGGAAGAGUGAUCCAACCAAAAGCUCAAAGGUAGUGCUGGUCGAAGUGGAUGACACAUCACAAUGGCGGUGAAGGCAGACGAAAGCGGCAGCGGGGAAAGUUUCCCAUUUGUCUUGCAUUCCAUGCCACUGGAUGCGGACCCUGAUCUGUCGAGGACUGUGUGGUGGCCCUCCCCAUUAAACAAUGUCGCGCAUAGGCAUUCCCCAUAAGGGAGUCCCAGAUCAGCCUCCACAGUCAAUUGAAGACCCAUCAAUAGACAACUGUUUAGGAGAACAUCAUACUCAGCUUGAGUGAUUACACUUCUACACUACUGGUACUAAAAAUACUACCAAUACUAAUACUACUAAUAAUACUACUACUUGGCGUUAAUCGUUCAAUUAGUUCAGUAAUUCAGUGGCUUGGACCUGUGACCUCCUGUGGCACAUGAAUUCAUAUUGUUAAUCGGAAAAGAACUAAUUAAUAAUAAUGUCGAGGAAACAAUUGCCUUCUUCAUAAAAUGCAUCUGGUUCCCAAAUGCCUCUCAACAAAGACAAUUUCCACCCUUUACUCUGUGUAGGUCAUAUAUGACUCAAAUCCAUAGAAACGUAAUUGACGGUUCACUUUCAAGCUUGUUUCAGAACCAAGGAGGAAUUAGCCGGCAGUGAUGUUCCCAUUCUGAGAAAGAACAAACUACACUCUUAACAUACAAAGAGAAAAAAGAAAUCUCAACUAAAACUGAAACUUCUGGAUAAUCUCAGAUCAGAUGAGAAUUUUGGAAAGAGAAUAAUAUAAAUAAAAUAUAUGAUAAUACUUUGGUAAUAUAACGCUUCUUCUAAUUGGGUGCCAUGGUAGCAUAGUGGUUAGUACAACACUAUUACAGCUCAGAGCAUUGAAGUUCAUAGUUCAGUCCUGGUGUGCUCUGUAAGGAAUCUCUGUCUGUCCUCCCUGUGGAAUGCGUGGGUUUCCUCCAGGUGCUCUGGGUUCGCCCCACAGUCCAAAGAUGUACCAGUUAGUAGGUUAAUUGUAAAUUGUCCUGUGAUUAUAUUAGUGUUAAGUCAGGGUUACUGGGAGUUGCUAGGUGCCUCUGCUCGAAGGGCUGGAAGUGCCGAUUCCAUGCUUUAUCCAGAAAUAAAAAGAAAUAAAUACAUAAUGAUAAAAAUAAUAAAGACUAAUAAAAACAACAAAUUUCAUGACAUAUAUCAUACUGCUUAUAAUCCUGAUUCUGACUCUGAUCAAAGAGAAGCAGUUUCAAAAUGUAGCCCCUUUUGUUUUUCAACAGAUGCUGUCUGAAAUGCAAAAUUCUUAGGAGGCAGUGAUUGAAUUCCUUGAAAUUUGAUAGAAAGCAAGUAAAGUCUGAUGUAGUAUUUCAGUGGAGUAAAGGAUUUAUUAGAUCUUGCUUUUAACUAACAUCUUUUUGUCUUUUACUUUUAUGUUUGUACUUUUAUCCCGUUGUAAAGCAUUUGAACUACAUCUGUAUGAACCGUGCUUUAUAAAUAAAGUUAUUAUUAUUAUUA